AUGCCAUCCGAAGACAUGUUCGAUUUCUACAGUGCACCUGAUGCUCCUGCGAGAAAGAAAAAGGCGAGCAGGAGGCAUCGCGGGGAGUGCAGGAAAGAUCCUCUGCCUAAGAAGGCCCACAUUGAGUACCCUCCAGCGGCUGGUCCUUCAAAAAACACAACAUUACCUCCAUCUCCCGUCGAGCAGCAAGCCCCGCCUACACCGGUCGGGUCGACCCCUUCCCCAUCGGCUCCUGUUGACCAGACUCAGCCAGCUGCCCCUGCUCCAACAGGGGAUGACAUAUCGAGCCACACUCUAAGAUCGGCCAAGGACAGGAUGACAAGGAUCCUGAGGCAUGAGCGCAACCGUGAAGCCAUGGCUGGGACUGAGUUGAUGGAGGUUGACCAGAUCCUGAACCAUGCCCUAAACGAGCUUGCCAUUGCAAUGCUGAUCGUAACUGCCAACCGACUCCGUUCGGGGGUCAUUACCGAGCAAUCCAAAGCAUCCGAGCAAUGGCAUGCUGAGGAUAUUAAGGUCGUUGAAGGGAAAUACAAAGAGCAGCUUGAGGUGGCUCAAAAGGCAAACACGGCAUUGCUCGAGGAGAAAAAUAGCCUGGUUGAGGAGAUGGAGCGAAAGCAGGCUGCUUUGAACAAAGUUAUUGAGGCCAAGGAGAAAUACAAAGAUUCCCACCUCAACAAUUUUCAAGAGGCCAAAAGACUCGAGGCAGGCCUGAUCGAGAGCAGGAAAGAGGCUGACCAGUUGGAGGCUCGCAUCAACGAGCUCGAGAAAACCAACGCCAACAAUCUUGAGAGGUACAAGGGUGCCACGUCCAAAUGCUUUUAUGAUUUCUGGAAACACAACCAAGGGGCCAAAUUCAGCUAUCUUUCCGAGUGCAUGAGGCAAAUAGAAAUAGCCCGAUGCGUUGCUCGGUUGAAAGAAGAAGAGAGAGCGAAGACCCCAACCUCGCCCGAGAUCUCUUUGGCCACUGGUGUUGAGGGUGCGGAGAAUGUAGCCGAAGCUGCUGUCGACUAG